GACCAAGAAGGGCAAUAGUUGUAUCAAGUUAGCUAAACCGGGAGCUUCGGGCUCCGGUUGCCUUUGGCCGCCAGCUUGGCGUCUUUGCUGCUGUCUAAAUCCGCCUGGCAUUCCGCCAAAGUUGGUAGAAAAGUGGACUCCUCCGGGCCCACGGUGCAUCCCACCCAUACCACCGCCAAAGAACAUGUUGAAUAUGUCUUCUGGAUUCACCUCCUGGCCAGGACGGAAAUGCAUACCCCCCGGUCCUCGGCGCAUUCCUCCCAUGCCACCACCUCGAUUGUCCGGGUCUUCUUCUCCGUACCGAUCGUAUAUAGUGCGUUUCUGGGGAUCCGAUAAUGUUGCGUAAGCCAAUCCAACCGCCUUGAAUGCUUCAUCUGCUUGGGGCGCCGAGUUUUUAUCGGGAUGAACCUUGAUGGCUGUUUUGCGGUAGGCUUUUUUGAUUUCAUUCUCAGUGGCAUUUUGAGUGAUGCCCAAGACCCUGUAAUGGGCACCUCGCCCGCCCUCCUUUGCUUUCAUAAUUCGCUCGACCGUCUCCACCAUUUGCGGUGUGUAGGAGCGUCCAUUUGAUGCCGGUGCCGGCGCUGGUGCCGAGGAUGGUGCCGGAGCUGGGGCAGGAGCGGGUCUAGCGGUCGACGACGACGCAGAGUAAGAAGCCCCGUUUGUAGAGCUUCUUUGACUAUAACUGUUGGCAUUGCUACCGCUGUUAUAAUUGUUGCUACUGCUUUCCCCCCUCGCCAUUCGCUCUGCAGUUUCCAACAGGGUGUCGACUCCAGGAAGAGGGUACAAAUGAAGACUUUUCUUGAAAAAUUUGAUGGCUCGAUCGUAUUGUCCUUGCUUGAGUGCAUUUGCACCGAUCGUUUUGCACUUCUCUGCUUGUUCUUUGUUCACCUCCAUGAUGAUAUUUUCGCCCGGAUGCAGGAACUAGUUGUCGUGUAAAUAAUCGUCUGGUUCUAAGAAACUGUUUUGAGUCGUUUACUUCGGGAAUGCCUUGUUGCAAGCUUGACGUCCAAGGACAUUUUCGCGAUGUGGAACGAACUUGGUGAAAAACUUGACUCCGUGCUGAGUACGAGCAGUAAAAUGAUGUACCAUAUGAUACGUACGGUGCGUAGUUCGAACGAGAUUCAAAAACUGCGACGGAAGAAAAACGUGAACAACAGAGGUCGUACGGUAUCGGUACGAGUACUCGUACGUACUAAUAACGAAUACAGUAACCAUACAAGUUCGUAGCGGCCGUAACGACCGCACAGUACGUAGUUUCUUUAAGUCUCUACGCCCUCAAGUACAGACGAUAAAGGGGGAUCACGGCAAUACCAAAGAAUAAAAGGGGAUAUAUUCAGUCAUCUUCGUUCCCCCCCCCGUCUUGUCAACACAUUGCCAACUCGUUGCCGUUACACGCAUGAUCGCGUUCGGAAACACCCGCCGGCCCUCUAAAUUUAGCAACGGUCACAAAAUUUCUUGAGAUGGAUCGACAAAAUCUAUCAGAAAGUCGAUGCAAACGAAACUUUUACGUAGAAUAACAAAACCAUACUCCGACGUUCGUCACCAGAUACCAUCGCUCAUUGUGCCCAUCACAAACCUUUUCAAAGAAUUUCAAAGGACAUUCAAUUUUCAUAUUUUUGGUUUUCACUGUAACCAAAAGAUUGAAACAAUCCUCCUCCUUGUUUGAGGCAUCAACAAGACGCAGACCCUAUUACUUGGUAUGGGUCGAAACUAGUUCACAGUAAAAUAUGUUUUGUCAACCAAAAAUUGAACCACCAAGGUUGUCUCUUCUUGGUCAGAAUAACAAUAAUCAGCUUACUUCAUCACAAAAAAAGAAACGGAAGUCGAAUACAAUAGCUGGACCUUCUUCGUUGGACGAGGAAAACAGACUUCAGAGAUCUACCAAUCUCACGAUUAACACUACCGACUGUGACCUUUCACCCCAAAAGAGCUAUCAGCAUCAAAUCAACAAGUCUCCAAGACUAGAAAAGUCUGUCAAAAACAACGAGGUCGAGGACAAUAUCGUCGUCGAUAAGAUGAAGGAUUCCACUAAUCUUGCUAUCGACACACUUAAUGACGAUUUGAAAUCAUCCAAUAUUCACUCCAAAAACCCCAGUCCCAAUGCAUCAGAAUGCGCAAGUGAAGUUUCUUCGGUCUCGCAGCGAAGAGAAUGGCUCAAAAGUUUUGAACAGAAACAGUCAAGCAAUAUCUUUAGAUCAUUGACCAAAGAUGAACGUCCCGAAAUGAGCCAAUCACGUCAAGUUGAUAAUCGCAACAAAAAAGAGACAAGAGACGGCAAUACCGAAAAAGAUCCGCGGCAGUCUCCUCCAGCUUCUCCUGCAAAGUCUAACGUCAGCUUCAAUAGAAAGAUUUCGAUUUCUCACUAUCCUACGGGAGUGACGAACUCCGCAACAAAACCAAAACAACGAAGACCUGCAAUCAAUAGGCGAGCAAGUUCAGCCGUGAUGAUGCGAUCGUGGAAAGACCCCAGAGUUCAUGAAGGAGUAAAAGCUACUGAUGAAGGUUAUGCGUCCGUCGCGAGCUUGUCAAAGUGGCUGGAAAAUGAUCCAACUUCGGUGAAAAAGAAGAGGCACAUCCGGCGGGGACGCAACAUUAUUUCCAAAUCACGUCAAUUUGAGAGGGGUCUAGAAGAUGUUAUUGUAUUGGAAAACAAAAUCUCACGCGGAGCUGUCGGUGACAAGAAAAAAUGGUUGGAAAAUGCUUUCCAAUCUGUGCAAGAGGAGCACGAAGAUGACACUUCCUCUAUCUACUCAGGAUACGUCCAGAGUGAUGUUGGUAGAUCAUUUAGGUCACAUCCGAAUUUUAAUCGCCAAGGCGCGCAAACCGAAAUCAUUACGGACGACGCAGCCUCCAGCAUGAGCGUUUCAGACAAGCAAACUUGGCUGAAGAAUGCAUUCUCAAAAAGCUCGGAUGAGCGGAAGCGACCGGCAUACACGAGAGCCCGCACCGAUAUUGUACACAAUAGAGGCCAGAAUCGUGACGAAACAGCGUCUCGUGCCAAAAUGAUGUUCAAAGAGCGAUCCGCUCGGAAGCUAUCCUCGGCUCAGUCACGUUCGAGCCUCAUGCCUACUGAUCCAAAGAAGUCGGUUGCAUUGGAAGCCCCUGUCAGUUCAAGUGAAGAUUUUCCCGAAGAUGAAGCUGCGAGCCAACCAGAAGAGGUUAUUGUUGCUAAGUCUGAAGAAGAAGCACCUAUUGAACCGAAAAAAACUGUUCAGAUUUCCGAGAGUGUUGAGGAAGAUGAGGCCCCUGUCGAUUUUCGUGCUGCUCGACAGGCGCUAAUAGAGCGCAGCAAGAAAAAUGGACAUAACACUCAAGUGGUCAACAAAGUUUUCCUUCGGAAGAAAAAGUUUGAAAAACUUGAAGCAGAAUCCCGACGAAAGUCGAUGGGUGUUGGAUUGAUGCUCAAAUCUUCGUGGGAUCUUGUUGAUACUUCUUCAGGGCGCCCAAGCAACGUCUAUGAAAAGAGAUAUGUACCAACACAGAAUAUUGCACCGAAAAAAUCAUUUGAAGAACUGCCUUGAGGCUGAACGAUUCAAUAGAAUGAUGCUGCAUAGUAUUACUUAAGGUUGGCAUUCCCAACCUACGCUUAUAGUCAUCCUCCAAGGGAUGGCCGGAAACCUAGUAGAAUGUAGAAGAAAUUUAUGUAUGGUGGACCUUUUUGUUCACGGAAGAAAUAAUCUCAAACCUCCAAAUAAUGAUGUUUUUUAUAC